AUGGGCAAGGCGAGUGAAAUGGUAGCAGGUGCUUUUGGGGGAGCUAUAGUCUCUGAGAUCAUGAAAUUUGUGAUUGCAGAGGCAAAAACAGUGUUGGCAUUCAAAUAUGUGUCUAAGGAUCUUGCAUCAACGAUGGAAGAUUUGCAUCCGAUAAUCACAAAGUUCGAAUCGUUGCAAAGAGUUGAACAACUAAAGACUCUGAUGGAUACGAUCGCUAAUGCUCGUGUCUUGGUUCAGAAAUGUUCAGGCGUCCAGCGAUGGAAUCUACUAAAAAAGUACUAUUAUACGAGAAAAAUCAUGAGAAUUCAAAAGGAGAUGGUCAGUUUCUGUCAGGUUCAGCUACAGAUUCUUCAGCAUUGGAACCAAUUGCAGUCUAUGGAAGAGAUUAAGCAGCUUGACGUUUUGAUGAAUGAGAUUAAUACUAAUCACCAAAUACUCAUUAAGAAGAUGGAAGAUGUCAUGGAAGCUCUUCGUGUUGGGUUUGAAACUAAACCGUGCUCACUCGACAUUCAAGAAAACACUAGCAGUUCAACCUCCUUGCGCAAGCUUCUGAGUACAUCAUGCUGA